AUGGCGGCGGGCGCGAGGUGUUGGGGCCGCGGUUCGGAACCGGGGCAUCYGUGUGCCCGUGAUAACAGCCAGACAGGCGGCAGUGACACCACUUCGCUCCUUGGCGGCGCCACAACGUGGCCCYUGAAGCGCUACGGCCGCUUCUUACCCCCAUCGGACAUGGACGACGAGGAGCAAACAGGCACCUCAUGGAAGGUUUUUGAGUCAAAUGAAGAAUCAGGCCAUCUUGUUGUUACCAUUGUCGUAUCUGGACAUUUCUUUAUUUCACAAAGACGAGCAGUAUUGGAAGGCUUCUCAUUAAUUGAUUCCCACAAAUGGUUGAAAAUAGUAAGAAGAGCAGACUGCUUGCUGUUUGGGGCAAAGUCAAAGAACGARUGCCGUAUGUUCCGUGUCCAGUUUGGAGGAGAUUCAAAAGAGCAGAUGCUGGAACACUGCUCUAAUUGUGUGCAGAAACUUGCCGAGUAUUUACCAGUUCAAGUAACGGAUGAGCAAAGCCAGAUGCUCUAUCAAAGUCUCAAUCAGCUGGCUAAUAGUGAAAAUCAAGUGAAGAACUAUGAACAAAACUCAUCCAUGCUACAUACAACAGAUCAGCCUUUAACAAAUUCAGGCACAAGCUUUGGAGAAAGAAGAUCUAUAACACAGCUAGCACAGUCUGUGCUGAAAUCGAAGUCUGAGCUCCCCCUUGUGUAUCGGCAUUCUGUGUGGAGUGCACAAGAGCUGGGGCCUUUUAUUCGCUUAUGUCUCAUGGAUCAAAAUUUCCCAGCUUUUGUGGAAGAUGUGGAGAAGGAAUUGAAAAAACUAACAGAAGGUUGA